AUGGGCGAAGCCGGAGAAGUAAAGCACGGCGAGGCUGCUGUUCGCACCACCUCGAGCCCGAACAGCACUCCGUCAGAAGACAUCAUGCCACGGCCGACCGUCGCUGAGGAAGAGAAGAAGACGUUUGUGCAGAGAGUCAUGACGCCAGGAUCAGUAUGGCAGAUCAUCAUCGCCGCUCUUCUAGCCAUUGCUAUUGGUUUGGCAGUUACCACUACGGUAGACGAAGUACCAGACGCGGCCAUCACGAUACUUGCCAUCCCAGGUAACCUUUGGUUGCGCGCAUUGAGGGCAGUCGUCCUUCCAAUGAUCGUCACCGCCAUGAUUCUGGCAAUCCAACGUCUGCGCAACAUGACACAGGGAGGAGGUGCAGCGGGUAAACUCGCUCGCUGGACAAUUGGCUACUACGUCAUCACCACCAUCAUCGCUGUCGCACACUCUGCCCUGCUAGUCGGCCUGGUCUGGAGUAAACUCAUGAACCCAGUCUCAGGAAGUGCUCUGGAUCUGGACGACGAGAACAAGGAGCUUGUGGACGAAAGGAAAGAAACUGCCAUCCACGAUGUCGUCGAAGACAUGUUCUUCUCGUUGGUUCCCAACAACAUCGUCAACGCCCUAGCGACCGAUGCCCUCCUUUCGGUACUUGUCACGGCCGUCGUCCUUGGAUAUGUCAUCAAGCCAGGAGGUGCAAUUCAUCGAGCCGUCGAAGAAGUCGAAGUUAUCGUCCUCAAGGUCAUCACAGUUUUGAUCCACCUUGCGCCUAUUGGAGUGUUCUUCUUGAUCAUGCCGAAUCUGUUCCGUCUCGAUAUUGCUGAGAUUGGGACGAACCUGGGUAUUUUGAUUGGCGGUACCUUGGUCGGCAUGUUCAUCCACCUUUUCAUUGUAAUUCCCAUCAUUUUCUUCGCGAUCACCAGAUCCAACCCGUACACGUUCUGGAUGAAGAUGAGUCCAGCAUGGAUUACCGCUUGGGGAACCGCCUCCAGCGCUGCGACCUUGCCUGUUACCAUUCGCUGUGUUUUGAAGCAGGGUAUUCCCAUCACAGUAACCAAAUUUGCCGUACCUCUCGGUUGUUUGAUCAACAUGGAUGGUACUGCGAUCUAUUUCCCGAUCGUCGUCGUAUUUUUGGCCGCCACUCAAGGCAUCACCCUGAACGCUGCCGAUUACAUCAUUGUUAUUCUUCUCUCGACUCUCGCUUCGAUCGGAACCACACCUAUUCCAAGUUCGAGUUUGGUCUUGGUUGUCAUGAUUGCUUCCAGUGUCAACAUCCCAAUCACCGGAAUGUACGCCGUCGUCAUCGCUAUUGACUGGUUCCUCGACCGCUUCCGAACUGCAAUGAACGUCAGUUGCGAUACUUUCGCAGCCAAGGUUGUCACGCACAUAACGGGGAUCAAAGACGAAGAUGGUCAGUCGUACGAUGAGGCCGAGAAUGUCGACCCGAACUCGCUCGGACGAACAGAUGAGUCCAAAGUUUAG